AUGGUAGGGCCAGUGUCUAAGUAUGACACUUCGAAGGCUUUACAAGAAGCCUCCAAAGGCUGUCAAAAGAUCACUGUAUUCUUUGACAAGCGGCCUCGGUCUGUCGUUGAUGACAGAAGCAGUAGUUUCAAAAGAGAGGGACUGAGAUUGGAAGAAGGGGUUGAAAGAAUCGGCGAAGGACUUGAUGAAGAGGAGAUGAGUAUUGAGAUGGGAACCUGGGGAGAGGUGACAAGCAUUGAUGAUAAAACCUGGGAAGAGAUUGAGGAAGGAGACACCAAGUCACCAGCAGAGAUGUUGGGAGAAGAAAGAGUGCUGAGUAAUGGAGAUGAGGAACUUGCAGCAGUGUUCUUGAACCUAAGGACAGAUAAAAAAGGGCCUGGGCAAGAAACAGUGAAAGCAACAAUAAAGAGGUUGAUAAACAAUGCAAAGAAGUAUCGGGCACAUUCGCAGUUAGUAAACUUGCAUGCGCUGAAACAAUAUGUCAACCUGUGGGAGAAGUAUAAAAUGGUUCCUAGAAUCAAAUCACCAAAGACGAAGGCCAGUCUGUCUGUUGCUACUUCAAUACGGAAGGUGGUUUUGGACAUUGCCAGCAGUGUGAAGACAGGUAGACACCAAGGGCACAUAUCCCUGCUCAACGAUGAGCAUGUUGUUUGUGCAAUAUGCCGGUACCUAAUGAUUUUUGCUAAUGGAGAGAUAACACUGUCACUGCUGACAAAACGAACCAAUGAGAAAAUAAUCCCAGGACUUGUACUCAAAUCAAAGCAGAGCAAAGUCUCGGAGGCAACAGCCCGCCGCUGGCUAUUUAAGCUAGUAUAUGAGUUAAAAGAGGCAAAGAAAGGCCUGUAUUUUGAUGGCCAUGAGAAAAAAGAUGUUAUCGAGUACCGCACCAAGUUCCUAGAUGAGAUAUCAAAGAAUGAGAGAGCGAUUAAUAACUCAGGUCAUGUAGAGAUUCUGUGGAUAAGAAAAUAUUGCUUACACAUGGUGGCAUUUGCAAAGGAUGCUCUAAAUGCAAAAGAGAUGAACAUUAAACCUGGGGGAAAGCAGAGGAAAAUGAAAUCAACUUACAUAACAGACAACAACCUCAAUGUGUCAUUGCACAGCAAGUCCCAGGACAUGGUGUUUCCACAUGACCUCCUAUCCAACCACCCUGACUUUGAAUUCUGUGGCCAAGCAAAAGGGAUGUUGCCAGUCCUGGAAGAGCAAGGCCUUGUUGAAACAAUAAGGAGUCACAAUAAUGGCUGA